AUGGGUGAUGGCAAGAAAGUGAAAGUUCGCAGAUUCACUCUUGAUAACAGGUGGGUUGUGCCUUACAAUCCCUAUCUCCUUGCUUUGUUCGAUUGUCACAUGAACGUGGAGAUUUGUUCUACCAUUAAAUUGGUCAAGUACUUGUAUAAAUAUGUGUUCAAGGGGCAUGAUCUGGUUUGCUUUAGAAUUAUGACAGAUGAUAGUCCUACUGAUACUGAUGAGAUUAAAGAAUUCCAAAAGGGUCGAUACAUCUCGCCUCCGGAAGCAUUUUGGCGCAUCUAUGAGUUCCGUUUAAACGAGAUGACCCCAUCUGUUUAUACUCUCCAGGUUCAUCUUCCAAAUCAGCAGCUUGUUUCUUUCUCGAAGAACUCGGACUUGCUACAAUUGUUAGCUAAAGUAGAUUUUUCUAAAACCAUGCUGACUGAGUUCUUCAAAAUGAAUGCGACCAACGCAGCUGCUGAGAGUCUCAAAUGUUUUUAUAAAGAUUUUCCUCAGCAUUUCGUUUGGUCUUCUAAGUAUAGACACUGGACAGAAAGAAAGCGUCGAAAGGUGAUAGGUAGACUCGUCAGUGUUAAUCCACGAGAGGAAGAAAGGUACUAUCUGAGGCUGCUCUUAAAUCAUAUUCCAGCACCGAUAUCAUUCGAUGAUCUCUUGACUGUUAAUGCUAAAAAAAUGAACUCGUUUAGAGAGGCUGCUUUGGCACUUGGGUUGCUGCAAUCUGAUACGUACAUAGAAGAAACGCUUGAGGAAGCUGCUGCAUUUCAAAUGCCAUCUUCACUCAGAUUAUUAUUUGCAACUCUUCUUGUCUAUUGUUCUCCAACUGAUCCAACGAUGUUAUGGAGAAAAUUUGAAUUGGACUUUACUAGAGAUUAUGAACGGCAUAAACAAUAUCAUGCCUACUCUCCCGCUCAAAUUAGGGGAUUGGUUCUAGCUGAUAUUAACAAAUCCCUUCAUCAGAUGGGUACAUCCAUUGCUGCCUAUCAGUUGCCAUUAGAUGACCUUGUUAGUGUGGAUCAUGUUCAUUUGACAAAGGAGAUAGAAGCUGAAAAAAACAUAGACAUACCGCCGGAAGAUCUAUUGAUGUCUUUGAGACUAAAUGCCCAGCAAAAGUAUGCUUAUGACACCAUCUUACAGGCAUGCUUUGCUUCCCAAGGGCAUUCAUUUUUUAUUGAUGGUCCUGGUGGUAUCGGCAAAACCUUUUUAUACCGGUCGCUGCUUGCUACUUUGAGGUCACAAGGUUAUAUAGCCAUUGCAGUAGCAACCUCUGGAAUUGCAGCGUCUAUCCUGCCUGGAGGAAGAACUGAACACUCAAGGUUCAAGAUACCUCUUGACUUCUCAAAGAACAGAACCUGCCAGCUUAGCAAACAAGGCAGUGUUGCAAGGUUGCUCUCGGAGUCAAAACUGAUCUUGUGGGAUGAGGCUUCCAUGGCAAAACGAGAAACUAUUGAGGCAUUUGAUGAUUUGCUUAGAGAUGUCAUGGAAUCUGAACUGCCUUUUGGGGGUAAGGUUGUUGUGUUUGGUGGGGAUUUUCGUCAGACGCUGCCUGUUAUUAAGCAAGCAACAAAGGAAAUCCUUUUGCAGUCGUGUUUUCUCAAUUCUCCAUUGUGGUAUAAACUUCAUAAACUGAAGUUGAUAGAAAACAUGCGAGCUAUAUUAGAUCCUCAGUUCUCCGAAUUCUUGUUAAGAGUUGGCGAAGGGCGUGAACUUGUGGACUUCAACGGUGAAAUAACUUUGCCUAGAGAUUUAGUCAUUCCUUAUUACGAUAAAGAAGAGUCCUUAAACAGGUUACUACAAUCCAUAUUCCCAGAUUUAACUCUCUAUUCCCUGGAUCCAUAUAGGAUGAUUAACAGGUGUAUUCUUACCCCUAAAAAUAGCUCGGUUGAUGAGCUAAAUGAUAUACUAAUUAAAAGGUUCCCUGGAGAGCUUCACACUUUCAUUAGCUCUGACAAAACUGUUGACCAGCGGCACCAGGGGGAUUAUGAAGAUUUUCUUAAUUCUCAGAAUCCAAAAGGCCUUCCUCCUCACAGGUUAAUGUUAAAAGAACAUUGA